AUGCUGCCUCCAACAGUAAUUAGAACUUGCCCUUCGGCAGACAAUGACUUCCAGCCCUUAAGUGAAUAUCAAGCUCAAACCCCAGAUACUUUCUUUGAUGGGAAGCCCAUCCUCUAUUAUCACGACGAAAACAUCAAGGCCUGGGUCUCAAAAGAGCAAUAUGAAGCUCUAUAUAUCUUUUCAAAAGGAUCCGAGGAUAGCCUUACACCACUAAAUCCCAGUCCGCCAGAAUGCUAUGCGCUUGAGAAUAACUGGGGGAAACAUCUUUUUGAGGAGAAGGUUGAAGUAUUCGUUGCGUCAAACAAGUUGACACUUUUCUCUCACAAGAGUGGAACUGGAAUUGAGAUUCCUUACCCAGCUAUCACACUCCACGCCAUCAAGAAUUUCCGCCAUGUAGAGAAACCGGAUGAUGCCUCGUUUAAGUUUAUCGGAGUUUACAUGCAGCUCGAGUUCUCGAAUUCGGGUGGAGAAGACGAUGAAAUCUCUGAUCCCAUCGAGCUCACACUUAUUCCAUACAAGGCAUUACCAAAGGAGCAAUCCACAACGGAGACUCCAAUUAUCGACCCAUUGAACAGCGAGCGAGCUACCGCACUAUUCAACCAGGUCUCGGCGUGCUCAAAUUUACACCCUGACCCCCAUGAGGAGGAAGAGGAAGAGGAGGGUGGAGAUGAAUUCGACCGUAUCGUGUUCGAGGGUAAUGUCGAGGGGGACGCGAUAGAAGGACUACCUGGUGCUUUUAGGGGGGCCCUCAACGGUGGUCUGCCGCCUCCGAUGCCGGGAAGUUCUGGGUGGAUUACCGCCGAUAACGUCAACCAAUAUUUCGAUGAAGAAGGCAAUUGGAUCGGGGAAAAUGGUGUGAGCGGCGAACUCGGAGAUGGUGCAGGUCGCGUUCGAGGACAUGUCGAAGUAGAUCAGGACGCCAUGGAUGGGGUGGAAAAUGGCGAUGGUGCUGACUCGAAACGUCCGCGAACCGAAUAA